AUGGCAGGGAUGACGCCGACUCGGCCGAAGCAGAAGCGGCGAGUGACGUCCCCUCUGCAAGAAAUGGAUGGUGAGGAAGAAGAGUUGGUCGAGCUGGAUGGGUCUGGUUCGGAGACGAGCGCGCCAUCAUUGAGUGCAAUUGCAAGUAUUGUCCGUCAAGAGAUGCAGACAGCUAUUGCGCCAGUCGAGGCACAGCUUUCCUCUAUGCAGGCAACCUUCGGAAAUCGACUGAGUAAUGUUGAGGCAAAACUUGCUGAUCACGAUUUGAAGAUCGGAAAGCUGGAACAGCUGACGGUCAACAAGUCGGUCCCCACCAAUGUAACCCAGCAAGUUGAGAAGCAGCUUGCGGACCUGCAAUCGCAACUUGACACCCUCAAGGCGGUACCGGUGGUGUCCAAGGCUGAUAUUGCGAAGACAGUGGUUGUCGGAGGGCUCGAGGAUAUGCCAUCAUUGAACGCUGCCACGCAAUGGCUCACGGACAAGCUUCGCGAGCUAGGCGGGCCUUGCCACACAGGUACCUACAUGAAAUCAUCAACCUUCAAGGGCCUCGUUUUUGCAAAGUUCAACUCGUCAUAUGACAGGGACAUGGCCGCGGCACUUUUGCGCAGUGCCAGCAUGACAUGUGGUGACAAGCACGUGUGGGCAACGCAGGACUUGCCGAUCCCUGUGCGAGCUCGAAAAAUGUUUUUGCUAGGGCUUCGCUGGCAGUUGGGCGAGUGGGGCUUUUCCAAGCGAGAGAUCGAGGUAGGUGAUGAGUACUUUUCCUUGAUGAUUGCAGGGAAGGUCGUGGUCAAGCUCACCAUGAACGAGAGUGGCAUCCAAUACCAUUGGGCGGAGGAGUGGGCGCAGUGGGAUGAUUUCCAAAACAGCCCCGAGCUAAGCCAGUUGUGCGAGAAGGCUAACAGCAUUUGGCACAAGCAGGGGAAGGGCUCUGGGAAAAGCAAGGGCGCCGCUUGCUAG